GUUUCCUUUCCCUACUGCCAAUCCCUUGGCCUCUUUCUGCUUUUUCUCAGUGGCGGCAGAGGUCCACUUCCUAACAUAGCGCGGCGCGAUUGGACGACUGGGGCUUGCGGCGACGUGACGACGCUUUGGCAGCAAAAGCAAGGGAGGGGGGAAGUCGAAUGGAAGACAGCGGCGCAGCCAAAACGAGUCAGUCGAGUUUGAAAUAAAUAAAUAAAAAUAUUCAGAAUAGAACUUUGAAAACAAACUUUAUAUAUUUCUGGAGGCAUAGUUCUCGUCGUAGUCAUCGAAAGGAUCACCGCCUCCGUCGCUGGAAAUAGUUCCAGGUUUGUUUAUAUUGUGGGAGGAAGCCGAGAGUGAAGGAGGCCCCGUCGGGUGCGAUUGUAAAGAAGCUGCCGCCUCGGAGUGUGAGUGAGAGAAUAUGAUACACGCAUCACAAUGACAUCACGAUUUGGUAAAACCUACAGCCGGAAGGGUGGGAACGGUAGCUCGAAGUUUGAUGAGGUCGUCUCCAACAAAAGAGCCACCCUCAGUACCAAGUGGGGGGAGACCACCUUCAAGGCACAGGUGGGAUCAAAGAGGCCCAACUUCAAGCCAGAGGUGACUGAGGUCCCCAAAAGGGUAAAGUACACCGAGCCAGAGACGUCUGAAGAUCCAUUCGGCUUUGACAGUGAUGAGGAUUCCAAGCCUGUCACCUCCCGCAGUAUUGCACAGACCAAGGCACCAUCCGGUAAGCAGGCUACAGAGACUGUGACGUCUGAGAACUUUACCUCCGUCUUGGAGGCCAAUAGCAUGAUUAGCCAGCCUAUCAGCAAGGAUGCCGUUGCUACCGGUAGGGUAUCUGCCUUUGAUGCAGCUGUGCACGGGAUCAAGGAGAAGAGUACAAACAAGAUUCCAGAGGAAGGAAACAGUGUCUUCAGCAGCUACACCACUGCAGAGAAGACACCACAGAACUGGUCAAAUGAAAGCACUGAAAAGAACAGUUACUCCUGGUACAAGAACGCAACAGAGAGUGACAAAAAGCCCAGUGCUCAAACAACAACACUGAAGAUGGAUACUAAGGACUCUUUCGAUAGCUGGCAGUCGAGUGCAGGUUUCAGGUCGGACUCCCCCAACUCCGAGACCAGCAAAAGCAAAGAGUCCACGUGGACUGGUAGCACAAAGCAAGGGACCGAGGCAAACUACGAGAGCAAAGUGGAGGAGUCUGCCUCCCACCUUGACAGUGACUUUUCUCUGAAGUCGCAAAGCGAUCAGGCUGGCGGUGGAGGCAUUGAUAUCCCCAUGGAGCCAGCCGAAGCAGAAGUUGUCUCCCAAUCCGUUCUCAGGCCAUCCAACUGCAGGACGUACCGCCGGCCCAACAAGGGCAAGCAGUCUUCCCCUGUAGACAACUCUGAUAAGCUAGCCGACAGCACCGGACAGUCAUCGGCAAAGACUAACAGUGUGGCCGUCAAACCAGCUAACACAGGAAGAGGGAGGACUAGAGACUACACAGUGUUGCACCCGUCAUGUCUGUCUGUGUGCAAUGUCACCAUCCAGGACACCACUGAGCGGAGCAUAGACGAGUUUACCACAGCUGCCCCGGCCGAUCUAGGGGAGGCUGGGCGAUUGAGGAAGAAAACCGAGAUCGCCGCUGCAGCCAGACCAGCCAGAUUCCGGCCCACCCAAAACAAGUCGAAAAAAGCUGCAAAACUGGAGUUUUUUGGGUUUGAUGAAGAGCAUGGAGGCCAAGGAAUUGAGGGUGACCCCACAGCCUCAGGCAGUGCAAAUUACAAAAUCAAAUACUUUGGCUUUGAUGAUGUGAGUGAAAGUGACAGCGAUGAAGAGGAAGGGUCCCAGGCAUCUGAAAAGAGGAAGGCAAAGAAGAAAAAGGCGGCGGCGCCAGCAGCAGCCAGCACAGCCACUGCAGCCUCCAUGACUUCGUCCAGCUUGCAGCUCUCCUGCAUGGGGGAGAGCGAUUCCCAAGAUAGCCAGACCAGCACCAAUACAGACAUUCUAGAUUUCCAAGAUGAUUCCUUCCCAACAGUAUCUGAAGUGACAAGGAGGCCAGCGAAUCAACAGUCGGACAAGGCCAAGGAGAGCACCAGGAAGAUUUUCAGUGGUCCCAAGCGAUCUCCCACUAAAGCUGUAUAUAAUGCCAGACACUGGAAUCGGCCAGAGCCUGAGGAGCUACCACCUCCCCCGCUGUCGAGAUUUCAUACUGCUCCAGCCAGUAUAUCGACAAAGGAGACAACUGCCCAUAAAGAUGAUGGGUUAUUUAAGGCUCCCCCACCACCUCCCAGAGUGAUCAAGUCUGUGACAAUGCCCACCCAGCCCUACCAAUACAUUGUUACUGCACUGAAAUGUAGGAAAGAAGACAAAGAGUUAUACACUGUUGUCCAGCAUGUAAAGCACUUUAAUGAUGUGGUGGAGUUUGGAGAAAACCAGGAGUUUACGGAUGAUUUUGAGUACCUACAGACAGGUUUGAAGAGCAGUCAGCCCCUCAACACACGCUGCCUUAGUAUUAUCAGCCUGGCUUCAAAAUGUGCCAUGCCUAGUUUCCGAAUGCACCUAAGAGCCCAUGGGAUGGUCGCUCAGGUCUUCAAAACGCUAAACGAUGCCCCUCAGCACCCAAAUCUGGCAUUGUGUACUGCUUCGCUGAUGUACAUCCUGAGCAGGGACCGGCUGAACAUGGAUCUGGACCGUGCCAGCCUGGACCUGAUGAUUCGACUCCUGGAGCUGGAACAGGACUCCUCUGUAGCGAUUCAACUCAAUGAAAAGGAGAUAAAUAAAGUUAAAGAGAAGAUUCGUAAGCUCUGUGAAACAGUACACAACAAGCAUCUAGAUCUAGAGAACAUUACGUCAGGACAUUUAGCCAUGGAAACACUGUUAUCGUUGACCUCCAAAAGAGCAGGGGACUGGUUCAAGGAGGAGCUGCGGUUACUGGGUGGUCUGGAUCACAUUGUAGAUAAAGUAAAGGAAUGUGUAGAAAACCUGAGCCAUGAGGAUGAUGAGGAGAAUUUGGUUGCUUCCCUUAGGGGAGCUGAGAGGUGUUUACGGGUUCUGGAGAGUGUGACUGUUCACAACCCUGAGAACCAGAGCUACCUGAUUGCCUACAAAGAUUCCCAACUCAUAGUCUCCUCAGCAAGAGGGCUGUGGCAUUGUGAAGAGAUGAUUCAGCGGUAUAACCAUGUGGCCAAUAGCCUGGCUUCUGCAGAUGGCAAAUCCCUACCGCACCGUAGCUCCUCGGGGAAUGUGGGAAAAGCUGUGGAGGACUGCAUGAGAGCCAUCAUCGGAGUCUUACUCAACCUUACCCAUGACAACGAGUGGGGAAGCACAAAGACGGGAGAGCAGGAUUCUUUCAUCAUCACAGCAUUGCACUGUGUUCUGCGGGUCCCACAGUACCUUGCUCAGGAACAGAGAUUUGACAUCAGAGUGCUGGGACUUGGCUUGCUGAUCAACCUAGUAGAGUACAGUGCCAGGAACAGGCACUGCCUAGUGGAGAUGGAGAUGGACUGUGAGCCCUUUGAAACAAUCUGCAUUGCAGAGGGAGAGGAGCUCAAGACAGAGGGGUCUAUGAGUGCCAUUGCAGCCUUGGUACAGCUGUUCCUUCAGCGGGAACGUGCUGCUGUUCUUGCAGAGACAGAGACAGACGAUUUCAUUAACGAUGCACCCAAGCCUCAACUGGACCAGAGCGGGGAGUGGCAGGAGACCAGCGGAGAGAUCCAGUGGGUCGCAUCCGAGAACCAUACCAAUAGCAAUACAAAUGAGAAGGAGAAGAAAGAGGAAGAAGAUGAGGAACUUGACCUGAAUAAAGCUCUUCAACAUGCUGGCAAGCACAUGGAGGACUGCAUUGUAGCUUCGUAUACUGCACUCUUACUGGGCUGUCUUUGCCAAGGGAGUCCUAUGAAUGUGACUACUGUGAGAGAAAUUUUACCUAAAGGGGAUUUCUCGAUAAUGACAGAAAUGCUUAAAAAAUUCUUAAAUUUCAUGAAUCUUACGUGUGCUGUUGGAACGACAGGACAGAAGUCCAUCUCUCGGGUGAUUGAUUAUUUGGAGCACUGUUAGAGCACUUGGCUUUAGCUGGCUCAUGCAGGAAUGAUCUACCCGACCAGAGGAGUGCAAUGGGGAAAGAAGCCAAGACAUACAAACACCAACCGACCCAUUUGUCCGUACAUAAGCAUCUCUUUGCAGCAAACUUAAGCUUUGACGUCUGUCAGGCUUGCACUCUGUUUUAUUUUCAUUUGUUUGAUUUUUAAACUGGCAAAUACAACGGUCUGCGUUAAACAGAAACCUGUAUGUGAGGCUGCAGAUUUUCUGUUAUAGUUUUUAUAAAAAUAAGUGAGCUGUUCUGGCAAGCUAUCCCAGCUUCAUGAACAUUUUUUAAGUUCUCUGCUUUAAUGACUCCUAAUCACCCCUUUGCCUCAAAUCAUUUUUCUCUAAAUUACUGAACCUCCUGUUUUAUCAUUUCUAUGAACCUUGAAAAAGCUUGUCUCAAUGUUGCUCUACAAAAAAAAAAAAAAAAAAAAAAAAUUUUGAAGGUAGUUUUAGCUAAACUCCCAUUGUUGCUCAGCUGAGGCUAAUUGUGGAUCAGGGCUAGAUUAGCACUGUCUCAAAGCCUUUCACAGCAUGAAUUGUAAUUUGGCUAUAAAGCACCUAUUUAAUUGGGGGGGGGGGGGAAUCUUUCCAUACUUACGAUUUUCACUGAAGUGCCUAAGUAUCCUGGGUCUCGGCUAGUUUGGCAAAUGUGACAUCAAAAUAAUUACCAUUUGCAGCCAAACGUAGAACAAAAAAGCUUACAGCCCAACUGUACCAAAGCCAUUUGCUUACUUGGUAUUGCAGUUUUUGUUUAUUUGUUUUUUUAUCCCCAAAUAAAUUAAGCCAUUAAAGUAUCUAGAAUGUUUAUAAAAAUGACAAGCUUUCUCUACUUUCAGUGGGUGGGUGAGUCAAAAAUAGCUCCUUUUGCUCUCCAGGAGCAGGUGUUUUGUAUACAGUUGUAAAAUGGCAUAUUUCAGUAGCGUAUGGUUCAACAUGCAGCUAACAGCAGUGGUAGGUGUUGACCCACUGAAAGGAUUUUCAGUUGCUUUGGUGGAACAAUAAAGCAGUUGAUCUAACAGACAGUCGCAUUGAUUGGAGUUCUUUCUUGGGGGAUAGGGUUUCAUUAUAUGGAAUACGUUUGUCACAACAUGGCUAUUCCAAUUAAGUUCUUUGUUCCAACCAUGUUCAUCAUUUCUAAACCUUGGUCAGUAAUGAAAGGAACCUAUUAAAACAAAAGAGGUUUUAUCAAAUGUUUUAUACAUAAUCACACUUUUAGACUUCUUGUUUCCAAAAAGUACCUAAUCAUUUAAUUAAAUCUGUUACACCUACAGUGGAAUGACCUUUGGGGCUGGACUUGCUACACCGUACCACAGUCGAAUGAAAAAGGUUAACUUGAAAAUGUCAAUCAAAUAUGUUGGUUGGUGGGUGGGGGGCAGAAGACAAGACAAGUGUAAAGAUGCACAAUAUCUCAAGUCUGCGACUCCAUCACUUAAGAGGUUGAAUAGUAAGUAGUAGUUCAUGAAAUGUAUAGUAGUACAGAUGGGACUUUUUUUCCAGUUUUAGAUUUAGUCUGUAAAACCUAUAUACCCUGGUUUAAUGGAAAAUAAAUAAAUAAAUUAGAAAAGGAAAACAGCAGGACUGGAAACCACAUUUUAUGAAUAGGCCUAUUUAAUAAAGCAUGUGCAUUUCAAGGGAUUGCAUCGAUUAUGUCCCAAUUUCUUUUUUUAAAUUAAAACUAAAUUGAUGUGGAUAGCUCAGAUAUUGAAGAGCUUAUCCAAAAUUGUUACAAUUAGAAUAGAGCCAAUGUCAAGAGUUACUGGUUAUUGACUCGGUCAUGUUUUAGAAACCCAAGUAAUUUUAUAGAGAAAUGUUUUGUGUAAAUUUAAUUUAAUUCCCCCACCCCAUAAUACCUUUUUAUUUAUCUGCAUACAAUUUAAUUUAUCCUUACUGUCCCCCAGCAAAUGUAAAAUGUUUUUCAUAUUCUGCUAUAUAUUAAAAUAGGAGUACAGUAAAGUUGUUUGCAUGGUUAGUUGGAGUUUAGAAAAAUGCAAAUCUUAAAUUCUCCUUACUAAAGCCAUUUUCAGAUACUGCAUAUCCUAGCAUGUUCAGUUGUUGUAUUUGUGACCUAAUGGUUUUCAGAUUGGUCAGAUUGAGGGACGGGAAGAGGGUUCAAAUGUACUGGAUCUGGAGCGAGUGGACAUGACAUUUGUUUUUGUGUUUUCCCCCUCCCUACUCCUGUGUAUUUAACUUGCAUUGUUUUUACAAUGCCAAGAUAUAAAUAAUAAUUUUGUUUGAUGUUCUAGUUAACUAGAAACCCUUUCAAGCUGUUAAACCUCUUGUAUUUAAGCAAUGCAAAUUUUGUUUGAAAAACGAAAAAAAAAAAAAAAAUUCCAACCAAGGUCUUUUUUUUUUGUCAUUAUGUUUUACAAAGUGUACAAGAGGUCUAUUUGCAAUUCUAAAUAAAUAAAUAAAACUUUGUAAAUAGUUCUGUAAAUAUUGGCUAUUGGAAAUUAGAAUGGUAGGCUACUUUUCUGAAUCCAAUCCUAUUUUUAUUUUAUACAGUAUUUCUCAGUUGUGUUUUUUUGAAGUUAAAAAAAAAACUAGGAUAAAAAAAAAAAAGUCGUCCAAGUUUGUACCAGUUUCAGAAAUUGUCUUUGGUUACCUGUAAAUAAUUUGAACUCCAAUAAAAAUUGCUACUUUCAGUACACUA